UUUUAUUUAAUCUCUCGCCGCCUCUCUCUCUCUCUCCGUCGUUUUAAAAGAAACUCAUCUCCAAUAAUUCUCUCUAAUUUUUACAUCCCUCUUCAAACGUGAGAAAAACAAGGGCAAAUUCGUCAUAAUUUACAAAUUAGAGAUCUUAUGGCGGAAGAACACAGAUGCCAAGCACCGGAAGGCCACCGUCUCUGCGCUAAUAACUGCGGAUUUUUCGGCUGCGCUGCCACCAUGAAUCUUUGCUCUAAAUGUUACGGAGAUUAUUGCCUCAAACAACAACAACAACAAGACGCUUCAAUUCUCCGCCCCUAUCCGCCGCCUUCCGCGGUGGUUUUAGAUUCUCCGGCGAAGCUUGAGGUGUUACAACAGAGUCCAGCGUUGGCGGUGACGGAAGCGAAAGAGGAGGCGGUGACGGUCGCGGUGGCGAUUGAGCAGAAGCAGCAGCCAAAUAGAUGCUAUAUCUGUAGGAAACGGGUCGGGUUGACCGGGUUUAGAUGUCGGUGCGAGAGUAUGUUUUGCGGGACCCAUCGGUACCCGGAGAAACAUGACUGUACUUUUGAUUUUAAGAAGAUUGGGAGAGAGGAGAUCGCCAGAGCUAAUCCUCUUGUGCUUGCCGAGAAGCUUCACAAGAUUUAAUCUAAGACGUUGGAUCAGAUGACUUUUAGUCAAAGACUACAAACAAAUUCGUAUGAAUUGGUUUUUCCGAUCAGAUGAAAGAUGAACAUGGAAGAACUGUCACCGUCGAUUAAAAGAGGUUAACAUGAAUGAACGGACUGAUUUGACCAUAUCUCAUCUACGGCUUCUCUUUCUCCGUCGUACUUUUUCUUGGUGUUAUUGUUGUGGUGGUUAUAAUUAUUGUUAUAAAAUCAUAAUGUUUUUAUAAAUAAUUUUAAUUAUAUGUGAAUUUUUUAUUACAACAAGAAAAAGUUUACCAUUA